CGUGCGUUCAAUCAAUUGUACAAACCGCCAAACAACAACAACAACUAGUGAUAGGUACUUUCAAUAACAAGUUUGUUCCUAUUCCCAACCCAUUUCAUACCUAGAGAUUUAUGCUCCUAUAAGCCAAUCAUUUUCUAUAAUUUCAUUCCUUACAAAUCAUCAUCAUGAAUUUUGAAUCAAACAUCCCAAAGAACUCUUCCCUUGAAGACUUUUUUAGUGGUGUUUUCAAUACUAGUGCAUCACACUCUUUCAUGAUGAAUAAUGAUGAUAACAUGUACUUGGAUGAAAAUGUUAAUGAAUUCUUUGGAACUAGUCCUGAGCAAGAUCCAUUCUCCUCCUACUUCCCUUUCAAUAAUAACAAUAAUAGUUUUUAUGCCACCUCCUUCCCUGAAAAUUCAUCACCAAUUAAUAACAUCAAUGAAACCCAACAACAAAUUGCCAAAUCCUCCUCUAUCCUCUCCCUAACUGAUUUUAAGCCUUCCUUCUCUAGAACCUCUUCCUCUACCUCAUUUGCAGGAUUGCAAACCCCAUCUAUUCUCCACAAUGGUGAAUCCUCGCCGAUGGAAAGCUUCCAUCAAAUGGAUGAAUUCCAACGUCAAUUAGAUGAAGAUUUUUUGAGAAAUGGUGGUGUUACCUCUCUCAAUAUUUCUUCAGAAAGUGCUUUCAAACCAAGAUCUGAUCAACAUUUGUUUAAAUUUAAUAAGCAAAUGGACUUUUUAAGCGGUAUUCCAAAACCAUCAACUACAGAAUCAAAUCAAGACAUUUUUGCCUCAUUGAAUGAUAUUUCAGAGUCACUUAUUGAAGAACCACCAAAAGAUUCUACUAUUGAUGCUAUGGAUACUUCGAGUGUAAAUUCCAAAACUACACCUGGUCUUCCACCAGGUCAUAAGAUAAUCAACGGUGAAAUGUAUAAUGACAGAGGAUAUAAGAUUUGUGGUUUUAUGAAUCAACAUAAUAGACCAUGUCAAAGAAUUGGUAAAUGCCCAUUCCACGAUAGAAUGAAGAGUGAUAAACCUUUAUCCACAAAUAGUGAUGGUAUUAUUGCUGCUCAGGAUAGUAUUGAACCAGAACAUUUUGCACCAACUCAGGUCGUUAAAGAAAAGAAGAAGAGUGAAAAGAAAUCAAAGAAGAAACAAGACGAAACUCUGUUAGAAGUUCCAUCAGUUGAAUCUUUGACUACAAGUACUACCACAGCCAGUGCUUCAACAACAACUGAAGAUAAACCAGCAACCAAGAAGCCAUACAAGCAAGGUUGGACCAAGGAAGAACAUAUUCUCUUCCUUAAAGGUCUUGAACUUCACGGCAAGGGAAGCUGGAAGGAAAUAAGUGCAAUUGUUGGUACAAGAAGUCCAACUCAAAUCCAAUCACAUGCUCAAAAAUAUUUCCUCAGACAAAAACAACAAAAGAAGAAUAAGCGAUCAAUUCAUGACUUUACAAUGGAUGACAUGAAGAAACAAGAUUCAGUUGAAGAAGUUGAAGAAAACAAUCACAAGAGAAAGAGAAACAAAUCCAAAUCAAAAGAAUCCAAGAAGACUGGAGCUGUUCAUUCUGAAGAUUCAUUAUCAUCAGAACCACAAUUAGAAGUAUUUGGUGAAACUCUUGUUGGUGAUGCUAAUGCCUCACUUAUGAAACAAUUCACUUUAGCUCCUCCUAAACCACAACAACCUCAACCACAAGAUGCAAACUAUAUGGAUAUUAUUAACAAGUUGAACCAUUUGAAAAGCUUUCCCAAACAGUCACCUUCUACUGGCAAGUCUUCUGCUUUCAGCAGCGUUUCCUCGGACGAAUUAGACUUUCACUUCAAUACAAACAACGAAUCAAUUCCAACAGUUACAGAGGAACAUUCUGAUCUUUAUGAUGCUUGGGAAAUUGGCGAAUCAUCAACAAUAGAUGAUGUUGCUCCUUUCCAAAAGAAAAUCAAAUUGUAAAAUAAGAAGAUAAAGUUUUCUCCAAUAAUCUAGAUUAAAUAGAACCUUUUUAGAAAAA